AUGAGCCAAAAGUUCGCCGAUUAUGUCGUUUACAAGGUCACCAGCGGUGACGCUCUGGUCAAGUCUGGUUGGAUCACUAUUUAUGAGCAUCCCGCCGACCAGACGACCUUCUACGCCUGCAAUGACUCUUAUCUUAUCGAUACCACUUGGAUCUAUAAGAUGUCCUGGGAGAAUACCACCGACACAGAGCAAACCUACACCCUCGACUAUGUGACGGGCCCCAAAGAAGCCGAAGCCGCUGAUACGACGGAGAGUGUCACGAAAACGACUUCGUUGACUGUCCCUGCAAAUUCGACGUUGACGUUCUAUCAGAAGAAAUAUCGGUUCAGAGACUCAAUGUUCUUCGUCUUGGAUACGUCGGGCCAGGAGUACAAUGUUGGAUCUCCGGACGGAAGUGAUGUCCUAAAGGAUGAGCGUGAAGUGGAGAUUAUGAGCGAGGACUAUCUGAUUGUUGGGGCGACAUUGAGUCGUUCCACAGCCGGUACAAUGGACGUGCCAUCAGUUGUGAGGGCUGAUGUCGAGGAUGGCAGGGAGAAGCAGGACCCUAAGGAUCUCCCUGAGAUGGUGAAGGACGUACUUGUUAAGAUGGGUUUGAAGCUUGACGCCGAGCCUGCGAAUAUUCCUGCCCAGUGA